UUGCAUUCGAGUACUCCGUCCCGCCCGACCCGCGGCGACACAGAACGGAUAAUUACUCCAAAUGUUUCAACCCUUCGGUAGACUUCCAAGCCUCUGGAAAACUUAUAAGACAUCACACAUAGGUAUGUUCGAAUCUUAAUUCUUCAGAAUAUGUCUUUAACCCAACCUCAGCCACGAAUCAUUCUCGUCACUGGCGCAAACAGUGGAAUCGGAUACGAACUAGUCAAAUUACUAGCUUCGCGUGGCCACAUCGUGUAUUUGUCCUCGAGGUCUGAGGAAUCGGGAAAGAACGCAUUAAAGAAAUUAAAAGAGGAACAUGAUCUGGUCGUGAAAUAUGUACAGCUCGACGUGACUUCUGAGGAUUCCGUCAAACGUGCUCGGGACACAGUUGAGAAAGCAGAGGGAAAAUUAGAUUCGCUAGUGAAUAAUGCAGGUAAUGCAAAUGGCGCAAUCAAACCUAGCGAACUCACUGUCGAGAAGAUCCAAGAAGCCCUCAACACGAAUUACUUCGGUACCAUUCGAGUCACGACGGCCUUUCUCCCCCUCAUCCGAAAAGCAAAGAACGGAAUUAUCGUGAAUGUCAGCUCCCAAGUCGGCUCUCACACUUCCCAAUCUCAAAUGGCUGCUCGUUUCCCCCCGACGCUCGUGGCAUAUUACAGUUCCAAAGCGAUUUUGAAUGCUUACACGAUCUCCCUGGCGAAGGAGUUGAAGGAGGAAGGCAUCCGUGUCAAUUCUCUUACGCCGGGGUUGACUAGAACGAAUUUUCCGGGAACAAAGCAAAUGGCUACCAGGCCUGCUGUUGAAGGUGCUGAGGUUAUUCUUCCUUGGAUUCUACUUGAUCCUGAGGAUCAAAGGACAGGUAUGUUCUGGGGUCACAGGGUCGAUGGGGUGCUUGGUGAGAUUCCAUGGUGAUAGAGUAGCCCAGCAUCAGUAAAUAAGGGAAGAUUGACAAUGAGUAGGUGCCAGACCGUUUAGUACAUACAGAAGGAGAGGUUGCCGUGCUAUUGUGGGCGGUAACGUGAUCGCAUGCACAACGGGCCGAUGGCCCCAUUACACAGGAUAUGGAUAUGUUUUUUGUUACUUUUCACCGGGCUUUAGCUAUGAACUCGUUCUUGACCACGUAGCCGCGUUUUUUGGGGUUUGC